UCAGCCAAACAAAUGGCGACACUUACCGUUUCUGUCAAAUGAAAAUCUAUUUAAAUGUAAUAUACUUAAUGCUAUUUAAACAAUUAAAAAACUAUUUUAUUGUCAAAGAGUAAUUUAUUGAUAUAAUUUCCAAUUUAAGUGUGAAUGUUUUGUUAAUUUAUUAUUAAGACUACAUCUAUAUUCUAGUUGAUUUUUAUAUUGUGAUUAAACACCGAAAUGGAAGGCGAUGGUUCUGAUACAUCAAAUACAAAAUCAUUUUCUGGGAUUCCUAAAGCUGUAUUUGUAGAUAAUGUAGAUGAAUUUAUGAAUCUACCUGAAAAUUCUGGUGGUGUUGACAAAGUGCUAAGAAGGCUUGAUGAACAACAUGCCAAAUACAAGUAUAUGGAACACACUUUGGCUAUUAAGAGGAGACGUCUAAGGCAACAAAUUCCAGAUUUAUCUAGGUCACUUGAAAUGAUAGAGAAGUUAAAAACACAAAAUACAGACAUAGAAGCAAAGUUUUUACUUAGUGAACAAGUAUUUGUUAAGGCUAAUGUGCCAGCAACAAAUAUUGUGUACUUGUGGCUUGGAGCAAAUGUUAUGUUAGCAUAUUCUUUGGAAGAUGCUGAAAAAUUACUCUCAUCAAACAUGGCAACAGCAAAGAAAAAUUUGGAAUGUAUUGAAAAUGAUUUAGAUUUCUUACGUGAUCAAUGGACAACAACUGAAGUGAACAUGGCCAGAGUUUACAAUUGGGAUGUUAAGAAAAGGCAGGCUGCUAAAGCAUCUAGUUAAUUACUACUUAUUUUCCAUUGAGCUAUGCUUUUCUUCCUCAAUAACAAAUGUUUAAUUAAAAUAAAACAGUAAAAUUGAAAAGCAAUAAUAUACAGAGUUGCUUUUAGUUAUAUUUUAUAUUAACACAACAACCAUAUUGAAAGUAAUAAAAAUAAAGUAUU